UGUUCGUUCGUUCGUUCGUGCGCUCGUUUCACGUUUGUUUGGCCGAACGGUUAAAACUCGAUGGAAAAUGGAAAAUGGAAAAUGCCAAAUAGAAGUCUCAACUAGCCAGACAACAAACAAAUGACAAAUCACAAAUCGCCGAUUGCAAAUACAAAGUGACAAUCGCCGUACAACGCGGCGUAUGCGUGUUGCACAUAUAAGUGAAUAAAAGCGCGUUGUGUGUGCGCGUGUGUGUGUGUCUUUUUUCUUAUAUUUAUUUUUUUUAUACAUUUUUUUGUGUGCUCGGUUUUCCACAAGGCAAAAAAUGUCCAUCAACAGGGCUUUAAAGUCGCUUGCAGCUGAACAAAAAUGCCAACACAGCAGCAACAACAACAACAACAACAGCAACAGCAGCAAGAAAACUGAAAAGCUUAUUUAAUAUAAAUACUUAUAAGAAAUACGCUUCGUGCUCGCCUUUCGUAUCGUUAAACACAUAACACAAAACAGAAGCAGCAGCCGGAUAGCCCUGCCGCCCCAGCUCCCCAGCUCGCCAGCAGCACCCCUUGGAUCUAGGAGCUCGCAUAUGCGAGAGUGGAUCGCAUCGAACGGAAUUGAGGUUCGGCAAUAAGAGGCAAUACGUGGUCAUCCAGUUACCGCUGCGAGGCGCACGGCAGCCGCAAUAACGGCUAGCGAAUCGCGUACAGAUUUUGUUGCGCCGUCGACGCGGAAGCGGACGCCGCCAAGAUGAUGUUCACCCGCGCCCAAGUGCGCAAGCAGAAGACAAGCAGCUCCAGCAGCAGCCAGCGUCCACGCAGCUCCGGCAGCUCCUCACGGCUACUGAGCCACGAUGUUCGCUAUAAACAGAGCUCGUCCAGCAGCAGCGGCGCCGGCAGCGGCAUUAGCGGAUCCAGUGCCAGCGGCACGCGGCGUGAUCGCGACCGUGACCGGGAACGGGACUGUGAUGAUCACUAUAACAAUCACUAUCACUAUGGCAAGCAGCAUUCCUUUGAGCUACCGCGCCAGCACUCCAAGGAGGAGGCAUACACCAGAGACAGGGACAGUGGUGGUGGCAGCAGUGGUGUUGGCGGUGUCAGCGGCGGCUAUGUGGACAGACGCACGCGACCGCGCAGCAUUACGAAUCGGCGGGGCGCCAUUAAACAUCAAAAAACCCAUGACAUAAAUGGACACCGCUUUGUGGCCAAGUUCUUUCGCCAGCCCACAUUUUGCGCGUUUUGCAAUCUGUUUCUGUGGGGCUUUGGCAAGCAGGGUUAUCAGUGCAUAAUUUGCCAGACGGUCGUGCACAAAAAGUGCCAUGAAAAGCUGCUUGGCAAGUGCUCCGGCUCCGUCUUCAAUUCCGCCAGCACAAUUCUGCUGCGCGAACGCUUCAAGAUCGACAUGCCGCACAGGUUCAAGCCCCACACCUUUAUGUCACCCACGUUUUGUGAUCAUUGCGGCUCGCUGAUGGGCGGUUUCUUUAUUCAGGGUCUGAAGUGUGAGGAAUGUGACGUGAAUUGUCACAAGAAAUGCGAACGGCUCACGGCCAAUUUAUGCGGCGUCAAUCAGAAACUCAUCGUCGAGGCGCUCAACCACGUAAAACGAGGCGCACGUGAGACACGAGACUCGCCCAGCACACCGCCCAGCUGCAAUCCUGCCUAUAAGAUCGAGGCCAACGAUGAACACGAUGAAACAUCAUAUACAUAUUCACAAUUCCAAAAAUCCGGACGUUUCACCGCCCCAGCCACAGUAAUACCUAGAUUUAAGAAUUAUUCGGUAGAUGAUUUUCAUUUUCUGGCCGUGCUGGGCAAAGGCAGCUUUGGCAAGGUUCUGCUGGCUGAGCUACGUGAUACGACAUAUUAUUAUGCCAUUAAGUGCCUCAAGAAGGAUGUGGUGCUCGAGGACGAUGACGUGGACUCCACGCUGAUUGAGCGCAAAGUAUUGGCCCUGGGCACCAAGCAUCCAUAUCUAUGCCAUCUAUUUUGCACAUUUCAAACGGAGAGCCACCUGUUCUUUGUGAUGGAAUAUUUAAAUGGCGGAGAUCUAAUGUUUCAUAUACAGGAGAGUGGACGUUUUUCGGAGGAGCGUGCGCGUUUCUAUGGCGCUGAAAUUAUAUCCGGGCUCAAGUUUCUCCACAAAAAGGGCAUUAUAUACAGGGAUCUCAAAUUGGAUAACGUAUUGCUAGACUAUGAGGGUCAUGUGCGUAUUGCCGAUUUUGGCAUGUGCAAAUUGCAAAUAUAUUUGGAUAAGACGGCCGAUAGUUUUUGCGGCACACCCGAUUACAUGGCGCCCGAAAUUAUCAAGGGUGAAAAGUACAAUCAGAAUGUCGAUUGGUGGUCCUUUGGUGUGCUGCUCUACGAAAUGCUUAUCGGUCAAUCUCCGUUCAGCGGCUGCGAUGAGGAUGAGCUCUUCUGGUCGAUAUGCAAUGAGAUUCCAUGGUUUCCCGUCUACAUAUCAGCCGAGGCAACGGGCAUCCUCAAGGGCCUGCUGGAAAAGGAUUAUACGAAACGCAUUGGCUCCCAAUAUAGUCCAGCUGGUGAUAUAGCAGAUCAUUUAUUCUUCAGGCCCAUUGAUUGGAAUCUGCUCGAGAAGAGGCAAAUUGAGCCGCCCUUCAAGCCCCAAGUGAAACAUCCACUGGAUACGCAAUAUUUCGAUCGUGUAUUCACCAGAGAACGCGUACGCUUAACGCCCAUCGAUAAGGAAAUACUCGCAUCCAUGGAUCAGAAACAGUUCCAUGGCUUCACCUAUACAAAUCCGCACAUCACUUUGGACUAGAUACACACGUAUAUCUCGAGUACAUUGAUGUGCUCCUUGGGCAAUGUGCUGGGCAUAUACCAUAUAUCAUUAGCAUAUUUCUAUAAUAUAUAUAUAUAUAUAUAUUAUAUUUAAUCCUAACCCCAAAACCAUAUCCCAAAUUACUUAUUAGAGCAACAGUAUUUGUAUAUGUAUGUAUAUAUAUCUAUUAUAUGAUUAUAUCAUUAUUUUUUUGUCUAAGUGUAUAAAAAGUUUUUUUUUUUGUCAAUUUAUGCAUUAAUAUUUCUCGAUAUGCAUAUGAAUACAUUAUAAUUGAACUAGGCUUACGUAAAUGUAUCAAUGUGCAUAUUCCUAGUUGAGUAAAGCUGAGCCAAAUGUGAUUUCAGUGGAACGCACAUAAUAUAUAGACAGGGCAGAAAUCGUAUCUAGAAGUUUUUGAAAUUGAUUUAAAGCAAAAACAUAUUUCUAUUUGGAGUUGCUUUUGGCUAUGGCAAUUACACAGUUACGAAUACGUUUAUAAUGAUAGUCAAUUAGUGAUAAAUAAACAUACAUAUAAGAGCAUAACUGUAUAUACU